CGCGGGAAGGGGAGCGCGAAGGAGCAGCCGCAGGGCGCUGGGUGGGGCGGAGGCAGGUGCGGGAUCUCGAGGGCGCGAGUCCGGAAGGGCCCCGGGGCGGCGGGCGGGCGGCCCCGGGAGCUCCGCGGGGGUCGCGGCGGAGACAAGGCGGCGGCCGCCGCGGGGAGAUGCUGCGCAAGGAAGCUGAUCGAGCGAGUACACCGGGUGUGCGCACCUGCGCGCGGGGCAGCGGACGGAGUUUCACUCGUUACCCAGGCUGGAGUGCAAUGGCGCAAUCUCAGCUCACCGCAACCUCUGCCUCCUGGGUUCAGGCAAUUCUCCUGCCUCAGCCUCCUGAGUAGCUGGGAUUACAGGCACACGCCACCAUGCCCAGCUAAUUUUUUGUCUUUUUAGUAGAGACGGGGUUUCACUGUGUUGACCAGGAUGGUCUCUAUCUCUUGACCUCGUGAUCCACCCGCCUCGGCCUCCCAAAGUGCUGGGAUUACAGGCUUGAGCCACCGCGCCCGGCAGUUUUUUUUUUUUAAGACAGAGUCUCGCACUAUCGCCCAGGCUCCUCUGCCUCCUGGGUUCAAGUGAUUCUUCUGCCUCAGCCUCCUGAAUAGCUGGGAUUACAGGUGUGCACCACCACACCCGGCUAAUUUUUGUAUUUUUAGUAGAGAUGGGGUUUCACCAUGUCGGUCAGGCUGGUCUCAAACUCCUGACCUUGUGAUCUGCCCACCUCAGGCUUCCAAAGUGCUGGGAUUACAGGUGUGAGCUACCACACCUGGCUUAUUGUUGUAUUAUUUUUUAGAAACAGGGUCUUGCUCUGUCACCUAGGCUGGGAGUACAGUGGCACUAUUGCAGCUCACUGUAACCUCAAACUCUUGGACUCCAGAGAUCCUCUUGCCUCAGCCUCCCAUAUAACUGGGACUACAGAGCUUCUGAACAUGUCCCUGCUCCGUGAGCCCACAGUGAUCUGUUUUGCCUGCUCCCAAUUUAUGCAUUCUUCGAGUCUUGGUAACCGAUGAUUUGUCUGUUCAGGCUCUAAAGGAUCAGCUGGACAGGAACCAAAGUUAGGUAGCUCGGGAUGCGUCAAGGUGAACCUGGGAAAACCGUGAGCUACUGUGCUGACCAGACUGCUUUUCUGAAUCAGCUGAAACUUCUUUAUGUCCCUAGUUUUAAAACCUCCUUGGAGGCAACUCAAAAUCCAGAAUCUUUUCAAUUAUUAUGAGGGGAGUUCUGAAGCUUUGAAAAGAGCCAGAAUGCCAAAGGCGAGAAUCCCAGGGCAUUGCCCACAUGGGUGUGAUCCCUUGAUAAUUGUCUAACAAAUUCAGCAUGUGUCCCCUGGGCAUGACCAUCUGCUGGGCACAGUUCCAGAACCCUGAGACAUCUUGGGAUUCCUGUGGUUUAGGAAAGACCUUUAAAUACCAGCUGGUAGUUGUCUCAGUAUUCUUCAAAUAGUCCAGUCUUGUUUAUUAUUAUUUAAUUUUAUUUUAUUGCUGCUGUACUUGGAGAAUAGUCUGGUCUUGAGGCCUUUUCACUGUGGUCUGUUCUGGUGAAUGGCUCCCACCAGCACAAAGCAGAAGGAUGACUUUGGUCUGUUGGCGGGACAGUCUUGAAAGAAGGAGCCAAAUGUGUGGAAGUCUGUGGGAAGAGAGAGCCACCUAGCAUGUCCCCACUGAACCAGUCAGCAGAAGGCCUUCCCCAGGAGGCCUCCAACAGAUCCCUGAAUGCCACAGAAACCCUAGGGGCUUGGGAUCCCAGGACCCUCCAGGCGCUCAAGAUCUCCCUUGCCGUGGCCCUUUCCAUCAUCACACUGGCCACAGUCCUCUCCAAUGCCUUUGUACUCACCACCAUCUUUCUUACCAGGAAGCUCCACACCCCUGCCAACUACCUGAUUGGCUCCCUGGCCACCACCGACCUCUUGGUUUCCAUCUUGGUCAUGCCCAUCAGCAUCGCCUAUACCAUCACCCACACCUGGAACUUUGGCCAAAUCUUGUGUGACAUCUGGCUGUCUUCUGACAUCACGUGCUGCACGGCCUCCAUCCUGCAUCUCUGUGUCAUUGCUCUGGACAGGUACUGGGCAAUCACAGAUGCCCUGGAGUACAGUAAACGCCGGACGGCCGGCCAUGCAGCCACCAUGAUCGCCAUUGUCUGGGUCAUCUCCAUCUGCAUCUCUAUCCCCCCACUCUUCUGGCGGCAGGCCAAGGCCCAGGAGGAGAUGUCUGACUGCCUGGUGAACACCUCUCAGAUCUCCUACACCAUCUACUCCACCUGUGGGGCCUUCUACAUUCCCUCGGUGUUGCUCAUCAUCCUCUAUGGCCGGAUCUACCAGGCUGCCCGGAACCGCAUCCUGAAUCCACCCUCGCUCUAUGGGAAGCGCUUCACCACGGCCCACCUCAUCACAGGCUCUGCAGGGUCCUCGCUCUGCUCACUCCACCCCAGCCUCCAUGAGGGGCACUCGCACUUGGCCGGCUCCCCUCUCUUUUUCAACCACGUGAAAAUCAAGCUUGCUGACAGUGCCCUGGAACGCAAGAGGAUUUCCGCUGCUCGAGAAAGGAAAGCCACUAAAACCCUGGGCAUCAUUCUGGGGGCUUUUAUCAUCUGCUGGCUGCCCUUCUUCGUGGUGUCUUUGGUCCUGCCCAUCUGCCGGGACUCCUGCUGGAUCCACCCGGCCCUCUUUGACUUCUUCACCUGGCUGGGCUAUUUAAACUCCCUCAUCAAUCCAAUAAUCUACACUGUGUUUAAUGAAGAGUUUCGGCAAGCUUUUCAGAAAAUUGUCCCUUUCCGAAAGGCCUCCUAGUCUUAUUCAGUGAUGAUUCUUAUUAUCUUUUGUGUGCUGUAACCUAAUCAGGAUUGUCUUUUUUUAUUUUCUGAGAUUUGGGUUAAUUCACGAUAUAUUGAGUCUUGGUUCAAUCAACAGAAUUGUUCUUCAUUCUUUUUCCUGUUGUUUUCUUCUGAGCCACUAAAAACUGGAGAGCUGUUGGUGGGAGUGGGGUAGAAGACUGAAGACUUCACUUAGCAUAAUAUUUUCUUUUUGAGACGGAAUCUUGCUUUGUCACCAGGCUGGAGUGCAAUGUCUCGAUCUCGGCUCACUGCAAGCUCUGCCCCCCACCCAGGUUCAAAUGAUUCUCCUGCCUCAGCCUGCUGAAUAGCUGGGACAACAGACAUGUGCCACCAUGCCCAGCUAAUUUUUGGUAGAGACGGGGUUUUGCCAUGUUGGCCAAGCUGGUCUCAAUCUCUUGACCUCAUGAUCUGCCCGCCUCAGCCUCUCAAAGUGCUCAGAUUACAGGCCUGAGUCACCACACCCGGCCUAUUUUCUUUUUUUUACACAGAGUCUCACUCUGUCACCCAGGCUGGAGUACAGUGGUGUCAUCUCAGCUCACCGCAACCUCCACCUUCAAGGUUCAAGCCAUUCUCCUGCCUCAGCCUUCUGAGUAGCUGGGACUGCAGGUGCCCACCACCAUGCCCAGCUAAUUUUUAUAUUUUUAGUAGAGAUGGGUUUUACCAUGUUGGACAAGCUGGUCUCAAACUCCUGACCUCAAAUGAUCCCCCCUUCCUUAGCCUCCCAAAGUUCUGGGAUUACAGGCAUGAGCCACUGAACCUGGCCAACAUAAUAUUUUCACAGUUCCUCUUUGUUGGAAUAAAUGUGAUCUAUGAGACUCCCUGUUGAUACAGUUCAAGUGACAUGUUGUCUGACUAUAGAAAAGACCCCAGGCUCAAAGGGAAGGCUUUCUGAUCUACCUGGAGCUUAAAGGAGGAUGGAUACGAUUAAUGACCUGAGCUGAAAGAGAAUUUGGAGCCGGGAUGGGUCUCCAUUCUGUGUGGCACCUUGGUUGGAAAAUAAUAUCCAUGCAUUUCUUGCACUGAGUCUUUCUUCGAUUAAAUCUCUCCCAGUCGUCCAUGAAAAGAAAGUCAGUAUUUGCAGUGCCAAUGAUAUAGAGUGACUUGGAGAGAGAUUCAGAGGUUAGGGGCAGGGUGGGUAGGAUGAUUGGGACCAGAUUGACUACCCUGUAUCCUUCCUUCUUCCCCAGUAUCCCUACACCAUCUUCAGGUUUGAAGUUAAAACUCAUGAUCACCCCAUUGAGGUAGAUUGAUGGGCUUCAGAUGCCCCCCAAGCUUUGAGUGGGACACCAUUCUGAAUUUUUUUUCUCAAUUACUUUUUUACGUCUCUUUCUCAUUGGAGCUCUGAAAAUGCAUUAGAGAUGUUGAGUCUUAUCAAUAUCAAAUAAAAAGCUUGAGAUGUC